CCACACUGCAAAACUUUUGUUACGCAGCCAACAACUUCAAAAACCCCAACAUAUCCGCAACUCAGAGUCCUUCUGAACCGCUGUUAAAAUAACUACUUAUCGUGCAAAGAAACAUCCAGCUUCACCGCAUCUGAUACGUCAUUCCACACUUCGCACACAGCGAUAACUUCACCGUCCGUUUGACAAUAGCCACCACCUACCAUACCACCACACCGACACUUCAAACAACGCCACCAUACUAUCUCCUAGGGAUUCUGAUCUGGGUGGCUUGAGUUCCGUCGCUCUCUCCAACGCACUUUCUAGUUGACUACCGGCGCCUCGGCAGCCUUCCAUAUCAAAAACCACCAAAUUGGCGGGACUCGUACUCCUCAAGUUCUCCUUCAUCCGUCCGCUCCUCGGCCCAAAGUCCUGGGCCUACUGCGGAGGUGACAAGAAGCCUCCGUAAUUGGAUUUUCCGAGCGAAGACAACACCAACAACCAACUCUGCAUACGAAUAGACAACUCGAGCGUCCUACCGCAAGGGGUAGGGAACGAUAUUAAGCUGGCGCCCUAAACGAAUUCGACGCUCAGGGACGACCUGUGCGGGGAGACAUCUCUCACAUUGUCACCUACGCAAUAGGGGCGGUCGCUGCGACCCGCCUUGGAAAGGAGAGAAAGGAGAGAGAAAGUAGGGGAAUAUAGGGGAGAAUACGAAGAUAAGAGACGGAAGAACGAGAAAUACCGGAGACUAGGACAAUUAAGACAGCUAAAGCAGCCAAUAUGUCGGACCAGGAGGACCUCUACGAGAUGCACCGUGACGAUACGCGCUACAGCACUCCUGUGCCUGAGCUUGAUGACCAUCGCCACCAGAUGGCCUCGGUGCAGAGGCCAAUUCGAUCCAGACGAGGCACUAUCGACACCUUGUACGGAGCCCAAGCGAUGAACGAAUCCGGGACAGACCUAGCAUGGGUCGAUGAUGCCUUGGCUCGCACCAAUACUCGCCGCGACUAUGAGACUGCAAUCGACGACGGAGAGGGAAUCUCACCAACCUACCAGCGUAGCCGCAGGCCAACAGUUGAAUCUAGAGCCCCUUCGCCGCCAAACUCGGUGAAGGCCUUCGCAGCUGCUCGCAGACGAGAGCGCGACCACUCCGUCGAGGCUGCUCAAAAGAAGCUCGGCGUCGAUGACCGAUCCCUCCACCGCACGGCUUCGCGCGUUAGCAAGGCGCCCAGCCAACGCAGCAGACGAUAUACGAAUGAGACGGAUGGUAUCAGCGUGGCUGACUCCAUCCACAGCUCUGCUGCAGAGGAUGUCUGCUUCCCGCUGUCCACGGCCAAUUUCCCGCGCGACAAGAGAAAGCUCUACAUCGACUUUGACUUUCUCGAGAACUUCAUUGCCGAAGAGGAGCGUGAUCACACUCCGCCAAAGAACCAGCCUCCUCCGCGCACUGCCUUCAAGGAUCUCAGAUCUUCCGCGAGCAUCUCCAAGUCCGCCAUCGUCGACUCCGUCUCCGUCUCUGAGGAGAAGAAGGAACUGGAUGAUAUUCUCGACGAGAAGGUUGGCAAGCCGGCCACUGAGCACUAUGAUGGGAACCGCUUCAGCUUCUUCUCGUCUGCGUGGGAGUCUACCAUCCACGCUGCCGAAUUCGGUGACCUGAUCAUGCCAGGCGAAGAUGUUCGCAACCUCUUCUACCUCCCCGAGAACGAGGACGACGGCGUGUGGUGGUUGAACCUGAGCAACCCCACCGAAGAAGAAAUCCGAGCCAUCUGCAAGGCCUUCCAGAUCCAUCCCCUGACAAUGGAGGAUAUCGAGAAACAAGAGACUCGCGAGAAGAUUGAGCUGUUCCCUGCUUACUACUUCGCAUGCUUCCGCUCGUUCAAUACUGUUGCCAAUGACGACGGCCUUGGUACCACCGAGCUGGAACCUUUCAAUGUCUACGUUAUCGUCUUCCGCGAGGGUACGCUUAGCUUCAGCUUCGCCCCCAACCGACACGUCGGAGUUGUUCGCAAGAGAAUCACAGCUCUGAAGGACUAUGUUUCUCUCAGCAGCGACUGGAUUUGCUACGCGCUCAUUGACGACAUCGUCGACUCCUUCGCCCCCCUCAUCAACCAAAUCGAAGCCGAAACCGACAACAUCGAAGACCAAGUCUUUGUCGCCCGCAGCGACGACAUGCACGACUUCCUCCGCACCAUCGGCAACGUCCGCAAGACCGUCAUGGCCCUCAUGAAGCUCCUCGGCGGCAAAGCCGAUGUCCUCCGCGGCUUCACCAAGCGCUGCAACGAGAACUACAACGUCACCCCGCGCAUGGACAUCGGUCUCUACCUCGGCGAUAUCCAGGACCACGUCGUGACUAUGAUGUCGAACUUGGGGCACUUUGAGAAGAUGCUGAGUCGCUCGCACAGCAAUUACCUCGCGCAGUUGUCGAUUGAUAAUAUCACCCAGGGGACGAACUCCAACAAGGUCCUCAGCAAGAUCACAGUGCUCGCGUCGAUUCUGGUGCCGCUGAAUUUGGUGUGCGGUCUCUUCGGGAUGAACGUCAAGGUCCCGUUCAUGGAUGGCGAUAAUCUGAUUCCCUUCUUCACCAUCCUCGCUGGGCUGUUCAUCUUCGUCCUGCUCUCGCUCGCGUUGGCGAGGCGUAUGCGCUUCAUCUGAUCUGAUAUUGCGCUGUUUUGUGUUUGUGGUUGGCAUGAGCAUAGGCAUAAGAAAAAGCAUGAGCAAUGUCGCUUUUUGGGAGUUAUGCAACAUAUGAUGACUACGAUUACGAUUUUGCGACGGCAUGAAUGCGAGCAAGCUUUGGAUUACAUGUUACGCGAUGCGAAUUUUUCUUUGGUGCGGACGGGCAUUGUGUCCCCCUUAUAACUUGGUUGUUUGAUGUAUCUUGCACUUGUCGAACCAGGUCUACAUAUAUAGGCUUGUCUUGUUCCAGAGUUUAAUCGAAGAGAUGGUUAUAGUUGGAGACCAUAGAUAGUCAACUGAUUUGAAUAAUGGAUUGGAU